AUGGGCGAGGGCUACGAAUGGCGCCGCGACGAGGACAGCGUCUCCUCGGCUCAGCGUGUCCGCUGGGACCGGCUCUGGCCGCAGUCUCGCAGCAUCCCAAUCCCAGAACAGGAUGCCUCUGCAUGCCACUGCAUUCCACGUCGAAGCAUCGGGGUCCCUGGGCCGAUCCUGAACAGCCCGGACCAGCCGUCCCCUCUGCCAGAGACAUGCCGAGCUCAGCGAGCAGGGGGAAGAUGUGAAUAUCCUCCGGAGGUUGCAGAGGAUGCGGGACUGCGGUCGCUCUCAUCUCCAUCUGAAACACGGCCAGAGGCCCGGGAGAGAUGGUUUGGAUAUUGGACAUCGGAGGUGAAUGCGGGCAGUCACCUUGACGGGGGACUUGCCUGA